UCAAGAUUAGGAUGCAAAAAUGAACAUUAUAAAUUUUAUUACAUUGCUCGUACUAAUACAUUUGUUAUUGGAUACAUGCAUCGCGAGUGAGAGUAAAAAAUCGGAAUAUGCUGAGGCUAAGAAAUAUUCCAGAAGCAGAAAUGCGGGAAAGAAGGUUGAAGAAGUUGAAAUGAAAAAACCAUCUUCAAAAAAGUCCCUGUAUGCGAUAAGUACUCAACCGCGAAUGUAUACGGCGAACGGUCAUCUUAUAUUUGAAACGUCUGGAACCUAUAAUAUAUCAUUUCGUACCAAUAAUCAGGGCAGCAUAAACUUUGAUGAUAUUGACUUGAAACCUGUUUUUGACCAGAUUGAAAAGAAUCGACAAGAUAUUAUUGACAUCAAGAAUUCAGGCGGAGGUUCUAUACCUCCAGAUCUUCAGAACCAAGUUGACACAAAUAAACAAAACAUUGGACAACUUCAAACUCAGGCAAAUGAUCACAAUAGUAGAUUGGAUGAUCUGGAAGCAAAGUAUGCCACAUUGCAAACCACAGUGACAACAAUUCAAAAUGAUUUGAAUGAUGAUGAUUGUUCCUCAUCUCCAUGUCAGAAUGGUGGAACAUGCACAGAUCUGUACAAGUCAUUUGCAUGUGCAUGCCCAAGUCAAUAUGAGGGUCCAACUUGUGAAAUUGACCAUGAUGAAUGCAUAGAUUUUCAACAAACUGGUAUAGGUUGCCAGAAUGGUGGAACCUGUGUGAAUCUACCUGGGGGUUUUCAAUGUAACUGCCCAAACAGUUACUAUGGGCCUCUCUGUACUUCUCUAUAUGAUGAUUGCUUUGAUGGAAAUGUUGCAAAAUGUGUUCAUGGAGUUUGUAUUAAUUCGCCUCGAGAUGAUCCUAAUGUGCCAAAAUACACUUGUGUUUGUGAGAAUGGAUGGCAGAGUGUUUCAGAUACAAAUCCAGAAUGUAGUAAAGAUGUAGAUGAAUGUUUAAAUUCACCUUGCUCCUCAAAUCCUUCUGUGCAAUGUUAUAACACACAAGGAUCAUACACUUGCGGGAACUGUCCUAAUGGUUAUCAAGGAAAUGGAUACACUUGUGAAGACGUUAACGAAUGUUUAGUAAACAAUGGUGGUUGUAGUCAGUCCCCUAUGGUUACUUGCAUUAAUGUCCCUGGAACGUCAUACUGCUCAGCUUGCCCUGCAGGGUAUACUGGUGAUGGUUAUACCUGCACACAACAAGAUCCCUGCACCAAUAAUGGUGGAUGCCACCCAAUUGCAACAUGCUCUUAUAAUCCAGCAAUUGGAAGUGUGUCAUGUACAUGUCCACCUGGUUACAAUGGGAAUGGUGUUGGACCGUUUGGUUGUACUCUAACAGAAACCAACUGCACAGACACUUCCUGUGUGAACGGUCAAUGUGUUUUGAUCAGUGGUGUAUUGACUUGUCUCUGUGAUCCAGGAUGGAUUGGUGACAAUUGUGAUUAUAAUUCAAAUGAAUGUUCAAGUAAUCCAUGUCAAAAUGGUGGAACAUGUGUAGAUGGCAUUAAUGGAUAUUCAUGCUCAUGCAACAGUGGUUACACUGGUACCAAUUGUGAACUACAACAAACAUCAUGUGGUGGUGAAUACAUGUCUUCAACAGGAUCAUUUCAGUUUCCAGCAAAUACAGGAGAAACUUAUCCACAGGGUGCAAGUUGUACAUGGACGAUCAUUGUCACAGAUGGAAAAGUGAUAUCAGCAACAUUUCCACAAUUUAAAAUUGAAUCAAGUUCUGGGUGUGUUGAUAAUUUCUUGCAAAUUAAUGAUGGUCCGAGCUUGUCUUCACAGCUCAUAGGUACAUUUUGUGGAACCACACCCCCUGGUAAUGGAGACGCGUUGAUAUCAACAAGUCACCAACUAUUUUUAUGGUACUAUUCUGAUGGUGAUCCUACUGAUGAUGUCUUUCAAGUGGUGUGGACAACUGCAGACCCAGUUUGUGGUGGAGAUAUCAGCGGUCAAGAUUAUGGUGUAGUAUCAUCACCUGGCUAUCCUGGAGUUUAUCCUACAAACAGAGAUUGUUACUGGUCUAUAACUGUUCUGCCUGGAAAUAUUAUACAGUUUCUAUUUGGAGCUAUUGCAAUUGAAGACCAUGAUGAUUGUACUGCUGAUUACUUGGAGAUUAGAGAUGGAAUCUUAUUGAAUGAUCCAGUAUUAGUGAAGUAUUGUACUUCAGUGUCUCCGUCUCCACUACUGACAACAGCACCUGGUGCUUUGAUUCAUUUUCACUCUGAUUCAGUAAAUCAAGAUAAUGGUUUUCAUAUAACAUGGUCAAAGCAACCAGUUGGCAUAAGUGGUUGUGGGGGAUAUUUUACUGAAGAUGAUGGAAUCAUUAUUUCGCCAAAUUAUCCUAAUACCUACAAUGAUGAUCAGCAAUGCGUGUGGCAAAUUCACAUCCAGGAAAAUGGGAAAAUUUCUAUCACAUUCACGGAUUUUGACAUUCCAACUGAUGUCAACUGUGCGACAGACUAUCUUGAAGUUCGGGAUGGCCCAAGUGAAUCUUCACCUCUAGUUGCAAGAUAUUGUGGAACCACUAUUCCGCCGAUGUAUACAUCAUCAGGACGCGAUUUGUAUAUCAAAUUCAAAGCUGAUCAAUCUUUAUCUGGACGGGGUUUUAGACUCACAUACACAGUGGCAUGUGGCGGAACUUAUACUGCUGAAUCCGGAACAUUACUUUCACCAUAUUAUCCUUCUAAUUAUCCAAAUGAUAAAGAAUGUUUCUACACAAUAGUUCGACCACCUGGUUUUCAAAUCACACUUACUGUGGUUGAAAUUGAUGUUGAGGAAGAUCCAACAUGCUCUAAAGAUUAUCUUGAGGUACACGAUGGUGGGACUGAAGAAUCGCCGCUGUUAUCACUAAUGUGUGGUAGAGCUCCCGUGCCACCAAUGAUAUCAACACAGAAUAUUUUAUAUGCUCAUUUUAAAAGUGAUUCACAGAAUACUGGAAGUGGAUUCAAGGCUACAUAUACCUCAACUAAUACAGGUUGUGGCGGUGUGUACACGGACACAGUUGGUUCUAUUAAAAGUCCCGGUCAUCCAUCUCCCUAUCCACAUGGCGUCAAUUGUACAUACUAUAUCUGGGUUGAUCCAUCUUUGAUAAUAAGUCUACAGUUUUUAACAUUUUCACUGGAACCCCCAACAAAUGGAAUAUGUGUCAAAGAUUACGUUGAAAUUUUUGAUGGACCAGACAUAACCUCACCAUCACUCGGCAGAUUCUGUGGUUCUGUACUUCCUCCGACCCUUGUCACAAAAAGUUAUGAAAUGACUUUAUUUUUUACUACUGAUGAUAAUGAGGAUUCACAGGGUUUUGCUGCAGGAUAUACAACCCUUAAUGCAAGCACAGCAUGUGGUGGUCGAAUCACUGAUCAGCAAGGAUAUAUUUCUUCACCAAAUUAUCCCGAUCUUUACCCUAGUAUGCGAACUUGUGUGUGGACUAUUGUAAUGCCAUCGUCAGUUCAAAUUCAGGUUGAUUUCCCAGAUUUUGAUUUUGAAGGUGGUAAUGCUGAAGGAACUUGUAGUUUUGACUACUUGGAGAUCAGAAAUGGUGGAUAUGAAGAUUCUCCCCUCAUUGGAGAAUAUUGUGGCAACAACAACCCAGGGACAUUCAUUAGCCAUAGUAAUGAAUUAUAUAUAAAAAUGGUAACUGAUGAACUAAAAGAAAGAAGAGGAUUUCUAAUGAAUUAUAAUGGAGGACUCACUGGUUGUGGUGGUACAUUAACAUCUGCUGAUGGUGGAUUUCAAUCUCCCAAUUAUCCUUUUCCAUACCCCCAUUCGACGGAUUGUUUCUGGUUGAUUCAAGUAUCAGAAGGAUCAUCUGUUAGAUUAUUGUUUGUUAAUUUUGACAUUGAAACUCAUGGAUUUUGUGAAUUUGAUUAUGUAGAGGCUUACGAUGGACCCACAAUUGGUUAUCCAAGUUUGGGAAAAGUUUGUGGAACGAGAAUACCAGAACCGUUUGAAUCAAGUGACAAUAGUUUACUAGUUAAAUUUAGUACGGAUGGCAACACUGCAGGAUCUGGAUUUGUAGCUCAAUAUCAUACUGAUUGCGAUAGAACCAUCUCGAGCAAAGUUUCAGGAUUGAUUCAAUCUCUUGAUUAUCCUGGAAGUUAUCCACCAAACAGAGAUUGUACCUGGACUAUACAAGGAAGCUAUGGUAAUCCUUUGAAUGCAACAUUCAGAACAUUCUCGCUUGAAACUUGUGAUAAUUGCAACUGUGAUUAUGUUGAGGUCUUUGAUGGCACAGACUCAGAUGCUGAAAGUUUUGGAAAAUUUUGUGGGACUCAGAUACCUCCCAUCAUAAGAACAACUGGAGAAAACAUGCAGAUUGUGUUUCACACGGAUCCAUAUACUCAAGCUCCAGGAUUUGAAAUAGCCUGGGCAGUUGAUGGAUGUGGUAAAACAUUCCAAACCCCUAGUGGAGAAUUUGCAAGUCCAAAUUAUCCAAAUAAUUAUGAUGAUAAUAGAGAAUGUAUCUGGCAAAUAAUAACAUCUAUUGGAACAAGUGUACAACUAACUAUUGAUGAUUUCGAUGUUGAACAUCAUUCUGACUGUCAGUAUGACACGUUGGAAGUAUAUAACGGGUUAAAUAUUGAGGAAGACUUUCGAAUUGCACAACUUUGCAAUGCUGCAAAUCCUCCACAAAUUCCAAUGCAUGUUACUUCUUCAUCGUCUCUUAUGACUGUCAGAUUUAUAACAGAUGCUCUUGUCAGCGGCCGUGGAUUUCAUGCCUCAUUUGAAGAAAAAGCUGGUGGAUGUGGUGGCUCGUUAACAUCAACUUCUGGCACAAUAACUUCACCUAAUUAUCCAAAUACUUACCCGGCAAACACAGAUUGCGAAUGGGUAAUUGAUGUUGGAAAAGGAUCUACGGUUGUUAUUGAGUUUGAGGUAUUUGAAAUUGAAGAAGAAGAAGUUUGUGAGUUCGAUUAUGUUGCAAUGUAUGAUGGAAAUUCAACUUCAGAUACUCUUCUUUUAAAAACUUGUGGGAGAACUUUACCACCUCUUGUUCAGUCAUAUGAUAACUUAAUGUUGUUUCAAUUUCAUUCUGAUCCCUUCACUGCUCAUAUGGGUUUUAAAGCUCAUUACAGUGCCGGUUGCGGAGGUAAAAUAAUUGCCAGUAAUUCAAAGAGCAACGCAAUAACUUCUCCAAACUAUCCUAAUAAUUAUCCUGCUGAUGCAAAUUGUACAUGGACUAUAUCUGCACCACAACCAAAUGGAAGAAUCACCUUGCAAUUUACACAACUUGACUUAUAUUCAAAUGUCACUUACAAUGGACCAUGUGGACCUUAUGACUACAUUCAAAUACUCGGAGGAAAGACAACAUCAUCACCUGAAUUCGGAACUUAUUGUGGAUCCACUGUUCCAGCCAAAUUUACAUCGUUUGGUGAUGCUUUAACUGUAAUAUUUGUAUCUCAGAGUGAUUUUCAAAGAAGUGGUUUUCGUUUUCUCUAUACAUCAUCAACAUCAGGUUGUGGUGGAGAACUUACAGCACAGAGUGGAUAUUUCAAUUCACCCAAUUAUCCACAAGAAUAUCCCGUAGAUACAGAUUGCACAUGGAUAAUAAGUUCAUCACCUGGAAAUCGAAUUGAAUUGACUUUUAUGGAUUUUUCAAUUGAAGAGCAUGAAAACUGUGCUUUUGAUUAUGUACAAAUAAGAGAAGGUUCAGCAAACGGUCCUAGUCUUGCACGUUUGUGUGGUAGUACACUUCCUGCAAAUGUAUCUAGUAUUGCUGGACAUAUCUUAUAUGUGAAAUUUCACAGUGACGUUUCGACAACUGCUGAAGGAUUCCAAGCAUAUUAUCAACAUUUGUAUGGAAGUACAAGUAUUGGAGAAUUUACAAAUGAUAUUGCUUCACCCAUGUAUCCAGCACCUUAUCCCGAUUUGAUUGAGGCAUAUUACUACAUUUAUGCACCUACUGGAAGAUUAAUUCACUUUCAAUUCUCUUUGUUGGAUCUUCAAGGAAGGUUGGAUGAAGGUUGUCAAAAUGAUGUGAUUACAAUUUUUGAUGGUGACUCCAUAAAUAAUGCGAUAUUAAUGAUUGCAUGUGGAACUGGGCUCUUGCCUUCUGGAACGACAACACAGGGAACCAUGCUAAUGUGGUUCAAAUCUGAUCUGAAAAUAUCUGGACGAGGUUUUUAUUUAACUUGGACUGCGGUAGAGGGUGGAGGUAUUGAUCCAAAUCCAACAAAUGUACCAACAAUUGAACCUGGAGUCUGUGGAUCAAAUCAUAUGGUUGCACCAUUGGCUCCAUUACCAAUAUACUCACCAGGAUGGCCAGGAGACUAUCCACCAUUUCAGCACUGUGAAUGGUUGAUUGAAGCUGCCCAAGGUUACAGAGUUGAAUUUACAAUAACCAUGAUUGAUAUAGAAAGCACUGGACUUGAUUGCAAUUUUGACAGAUUGGUAGUUUAUAAUGGUCCAGAUACCAGUUCUCCAAUAAUUGGAAGAUAUUGUGGGAAAUUUCCCCCAGUAGAUCCUAUAUACUCCUCUGAUGAAUUUAUGCUAGUAAUAUUUGAAUCAGAUAAUUCAUUACAAAUGAAAGGAUUCUCUGGAAUAUAUCAACAAGCCUGUGGUGGUACCCUAACCGGAAAUCAAGGUGUGAUAUCAUCUCCCAACUAUCCAAGUAACUAUCCAUCUAAUACCGAUUGUGUCUGGAUUAUCACCGCCACACUUGGUUUUACAAUAUCACUUGAUUUCAACUCACAGUUUGAAAUUAUUAAUUCUGAUUCAAGUGACUGCAAAGAGGACAGUGGAGAUUAUGUUCAGAUUUUAAAUGGAAGAGAAGAUGAUGCCCCGCCAUUACCAGAAGUAGCAGGUUCAGGAAGAUACUGUGGAACUAAUCCACCAAGUGGAUUAGAAACAUCAUCUCAUUUCCUCUAUGUCAAAUUUAGUUCAGAUGAUGCUAAUUCUGGAAAAGGUUUCAGCUUAACAUACACAGCAUCUGGAACUGGUUGUGGUGGGAAUUUACAGCUUACCGAUGAAAUAACUUCAGGGACAUUUUCUUCACCGGAUUAUCCUUCGGCCUACCCACAUGGAGCGGAUUGUAUAUGGGUGAUAACAUGUCCAGUGGGUGAAGCAAUUCAACUAGAUUUUACAACUUUCAAUCUUGAAGCUGGUUCUUCAUGCCUGUAUGAUUAUGUUCUGGUAAUUGAUGGACAAACAAGUAAUGAUCCAAUUCUUGGAAGAUAUUGUUCAUCUUCACAACCUCCAACUACUAAAAGUACAGGAAAUACAAUGCUUGUACGAUUCAGAACAGAUGAAACUAUAUCAGCUGGUGGAUUCCAAGCAACAUAUAAAAUAGCUGCUUGUGGUGGAACACUUGUUGGAACAUCAGGAGUUAUAACGUCACCAAAUUAUCCCAACAAUUAUCCUGAUUCAACAAUUUGUGAUUGGCAAGUCAGAGGACCUGCUUAUCAUUUUUUGAUUUUUCAAUUUACUCAGCUUGAUCUAAAUGGUAACAGUGAUUGUGAUGAUGAAACUGGAGAUUUUGUUGAAUUCAGAUUGUCUAAUGCAACAGCACCUCCAUUUACUACUGUAUGCGGCAGCGAUUUACCUGGUUCAAUUGAUACUGAAGACAAUAUUGCUCAUAUUAGAUUUAAAUCUGAUGCUUCAGGAAACAGUGAUGGAUUUAGACUCGAAUUUAAAGCAAGUGAAGAUAUUUGUGGUGGUGAGUUGGUCGGUCCUGGAGGAACAUUGAUGUCACCAAACUAUCCAAAUGCUUAUGAUCAUGCUAGAACCUGCACUUGGUUUAUUACUGUUGCUGCUGAUAGAAGAAUAACAUUGCAAUUUAAUGUAUUUAGUGUUGAGGAUCCUCAUCAAAAUUUUGGUUGUGUUUAUGAUUACGUUGAAGUGUAUAAUGGUAUUCUUCCUAAUUCUCCGAGACUUGGCCGAUAUUGUGGAAAUACAUUGCCAAGCAACAAAGAAUCAACAGGAAAUACAAUGAAAGUAAUUUUCCAAACAGAUGCUUCAUUAGCAAAUGGAGGAUUUCUGGCAACAUACACAUCUUAUGAACCAAGAAUAUGUGGUGGGGUGCUUGGUGAUUCAGAAGGUGGAUUGUUUGCAACACCAAAUUUCCCAGAGAACUACAACAAUUAUCAAGAAUGCAUUUGGACAAUAUCAAACCCGAAUCUUGUAAAUUCAACAAUAUUAAUCACAUUUAAUGAAUUCAAUAUGGAACAUCACAUCGUUUGUGACUUUGAUAAAGUUAUCUUUAAAGCAGGAACUGAUUACUCGGGAUAUUUAUACCAAACUUUAUGUGGAGAUACAAAACCUAAACCCUUUGGUAUGGCUUUGCCAAAUGCAUUCGUUCAAUUCAUAUCUGAUAUUUCUGUGACCGACAAAGGAUUUCAAGCUUCCUAUAAGUUCAAACCAUGUGGUGGACUAGUUACAGGCACAACAAAUGGAGUGAUAGCAAGUUCAAAUUAUCCAGACCCUUAUAAUGAUAAUGACUAUUGUUUAUGGACGAUUGCAGUACCUGCAGGACAACAUAUCAAGUUACACUGGACAGAUUUUAAUGUAGAAUCACACAGUAGUUGUGGAUAUGAUUAUGUAAAAAUAUACAAUGGACCAACUCCAUCUUCACCAUUGGUUGGGAGUUAUUGCAACAACAAUAAACCUACAGAUUAUACAGCAGGAUCAAAUACAAUUACAAUAUUAUUUCAAAGUGAUUACAGUGUACCAGAAGAUGGAUGGAGAGUUGAAUGGUCAGCUGAUAUGUCAGGCUGUGGAAAUGUUAUCAUUCACAAACAAUCUGGAGAAAUAACUUCACCCAAUUAUCCAAAUGAUUAUGCAGCUAAUUUGAAUUGUAUAUGGACAAUAAUCACCGAUCCAGCUUAUCACCUUGAUGUCACUUUUGAUGAUAAUUUUGCAAUUGAACAACAUGAAGAAUGUCUGUAUGACUUCAUUGCGAUCUAUGAUGGUCCAUCUGAGUCAUCAACAGAACUUGAUAGAUUUUGUGGACCUCCAAGUUAUCCAACAGCACCUGAUGAUGACACUGUUGUUGAAAGUUCAGGAGCAACAAUGACUUUAAGAUUCAGAUCGGAUUUUAGUGGAUCAGGAACAGGUUUUAAGGCAUAUUAUGAAGCACAUUGUGGAUUAACGCUAACAAAUGAAGCUGGCUAUUUUCAAAGUCCAAACUAUCCAUCACCCUACAACAACAAUGAAUAUUGUCUUUAUACCAUUACUUAUUCAUCAUCAUCAAUAAAAUUCAUCAAAUUAACGUUCCUAGCAUUCAAUAUUGAAGCCGGAUCCGAAGUUACAUUAUGUGAUUUUGAUUAUGUAGCUGUUUAUGCUGGAAAUUCAACAAGUUCUCCGCCAGUUGGAAAAUAUUGUGGUAACACUGCUCCUCAAACCCCAUUGACUUCAGAAAAUGCCAUGGUUAUUGAAUUCGUAACUGAUCCUGGGGUAUUUGAUUAUGGUUUUCAAGCUGAAUAUGAAAGUGCAGACUGUGGUGGACUUUUAACAUCAACAUAUGGAAACAUAAAUGCAUUCACACACAGCAAUCUUCAUCAUAAUAGAAAUUGUACAUGGCAGAUUCAAGUUUCACCUAAUAAAGUUGUCGAAUUAGAGUUUACAUCAUUUGAUAUUGAAGCCCAUGGAAGUUGUGGUUAUGACUAUGUCAAAGUUUAUGAUGGAUUCUCAACUGACUCUCCUCUUAUUGGAAUUUAUUGUGGCACAUUUGCACCGAAGUACUUGAUAAGUUCAUCAAACACAAUGACAAUUGAGUUGAUCACAGAUGGAGCUACAACUGAGGAUGGAUUUAUGUCGACAUACAGGCAAAUGGCAGGACCAUUGGAAGGGUGUGGAGGAACAUUAACUAGUGCUACAGGCAACUUCUCUUCAAUAGAUCUUGAUGGAAAUGGAAAUUAUGAUCCAUCGCUCAACUGUUUAUGGAUUAUACAAGCUUCUGUGAAUGAAGUGAUUACAGUUUCAUUUUCACAAUUUAAACUUGAAAAUGGAACAAGCAAUGGAUGUAUAUAUGAUAAAAUUGAAAUUCAUGAUGGGCAGACAGAAUUUGAUCCAAUAGCAGUUGUAGCAUGUGGAAUAUCCAUUCCUCCUCCAUUCACAUCAUCUGGAAACUUCUUGUCAAUAAGAUUCUUUUCAGAUCCUUACAUUGAAAAUUCAGGUUUUGUUGCAAAUUAUGUAACUCAAAAUCGAUCAUGUGGUGGGCAAUACAUGGCAUCAGAAGAGUUUCAAAAAAUUAGUUUUCCUCCAACAUCAUUACAAAGUAUGGAUAAGAAUGUGAAUUGCAGGUGGAUCAUAGAUGCAGGAACUGACAUUACGAAAUAUAUUUUGGUAAAAUUCACCUAUGUAGACAUUCAAUCUCCUGCUAAUAUAGGUGCAAAUUGUAAUUCUGCCUACCUCGAAAUCAAGGACUAUCCACCUGGGGACACUGGCCAGAGUUUCAAGUAUUGCAAUAACAGCCAUGCACCUGUAGAUUUUCACAGUUUUGGACAGAUUGUUCAGAUUAAUGCAAGAACAGAUUCAGAAACUGCAGGCCGAGGAUUCAGUAUUCAGUACAAAGUCACAAAUUGCACAAAAAAAUUGGAUCAAGAGUAUGGACAAUUAUUUAGUCCAGGAUGGCCAGUCCUCUAUCCACACGACACUGUAUGUGUUACUAUUUUUACUGUUCCUGUUGGAAAUCAGAUUCAAAUGUUUUUCAACUUUUUCGAACUCGAGUAUCAUCCCAACUGUACUUAUGAUUACAUUGAUAUACGAGAUGGCCUUGAUGCAUCAGCACCUCUUCUUCAACGUUUAUGUGGAUUCAAUCUUCCAAAUCCUAUAUUUCCUUCAUCUAAUUCUGUUUAUCUGGAGUUAAAUGCGGAUCCAUUUGUGCAUGAAAAGGGAUAUGAUAUCACCUAUACUUCAACCCCAGAGGUUUGUGGAGGAAUCAUCACAGGAGAUCAUGGAACCAUAACAAGCUUCAACUUUCCACAGGCAUAUGCUCCAAACACAACAUGUGAAUUUUCGAUUCAAGCUCCUUCUGGUCGGCCAGUCACACUUCAUAUCGACUUUAUUGAUAUUUACUAUGUGUGUGAUGAUACUGGUUGUAGAUGUGUUGAUGAUGUUCUGUGGCUCUAUGCUGGUCCUUACCAAGACAGUCAAUACAUCGCUGGGUAUUGUGGAUAUGGUAGACUAUCUGAUAUUCAAAGUCCACUCAAUUCUGCUUUUGUGAAGUUUGAUGUUUCAAGUUUUGCAGAAGGUACAAGAUCAAACACUGGUUUCAGAAUUAGGUUUGAGAGCUAACAUGCAUCAUACACAGUCACUAUAUCACAAAAAUUAAAAUCAAUAACUAUGAUCAGUCUCUAUGCAAAAUAAUACAUUUUAUAUUAAUUGAAAUUUCAAUAUUUUAUUCACUUACACAGCAAAGCAUGUCCCCAGCAUUAAUCCAGUAUUGCCAUAUAUGGCUGGUUUAUAAACACGGAAGUUUUGAAAUAAAUCUUGAAAAAAUGUGUUGACAACUACUACACUCCUUUUUUACAAUCAGAUAUUCACACAAUUUCACAAAUGGUAGCACAAUUUCACAAAUUUAGAGUGUAGGGGGUGUUGGAGGUAAUCUGAAAUUGUGUGAUGCAAUACUAUUAAAAUUCAUUUUGUUUAUUCGCUUUGAUUAGUCAGUGUAUACAGAUCCAUUAUCAUAAUAGCAUAAAGAAGCAAGAAGAAAAAAUUACAGGUUAUUAUCUUAUAAUGGCAUUGAUUAUCGCUCAUCUGAUUUGUAUACUCUCUCAAUCGGAAUUUCCUUUAAACGUGCAAUUCAUUUUGAGCAGGUAUUUUUCAUUGUAUGAACUCAAUAUCUUUAUUUUAUAUCAUGUGCAAUAAAAUAAAUUGAUUCGCAGUAUGAAAAUGUGUGAUGCGUUUCUAUAUUCUGGGUUGUAAUCGUUUAAUGAUUUGUAUUGGUGAUAUGAUUAAUGGCUACUUUUAUCCCACUGGCAGAAAACCCAAUAUUCAGUCAUGAGUUGGAAUAAAUGGC